GCAGUUCCUUGUGCAUGCCGCCUGGAGCAGUGCUGAAUGGAAACCGGUGCACUUAGCACUCAGGGAAGAACAUUUUGUGCUUCUAAACCAGCGACCGUAAUGCUUCAACCUGUGUGUCGUUCAUAUAGCGAUUAUAAUCAUAGAGAGGUUAUCUCUUUAUUUUACUAAUGCGCCGAAGUGAGAAAGCUGGAGAGCUGCUCAGGAUGCUGGAAGUGAACUAGCUUGCUAGACAAGCUAAGCCAGUUUUUGGCAGCAGCUUAGUUUGUUUGUGUUUACCCGUGUGUUUGAAUCAAAAUUUUUAAUUUUUAUAUUUUUGUUUUUUAUUUAAUUUUAAUAAGCAUUGACUUUGCUGUGUACAGCAUUGACGGUUUUUAUUCCGCGCUCGACCCGGAAUUGAGCUGACAUCUAAAUAUGGAUCCGUUUGAAAGUGACCGAGCUCCACUUCCCCGGAACAUGAUAGAAAACAGCAUGUUUGAGGAGGAACCUGAUGUGGUAGAUCUGGCAAAGGACUCUCCCGCCUACCCAAUCGACUCUGAUGAGGUCGCAUAUGAGCCGCGCAGUUCCAGGCUGCUGGUUCGCGGCCUUGGUGAGAAUGAGCUGGAAGAAGAUGAGGAGGACUAUGAGUCUUCGGCUAGACUUCUUGGCAUGUCCUUUAUGAACCGCAGUUCCAAUCAGCGCAGCGCCGCCUCCUCCUACAGCCGCCAGCAAUCAUCUGGUUCCUGCUCGAUGCCUUCUGGAAAGACCAUGGUUGUGGGAGUCUUGCUCCUAGUCAUCAUUGCCUCAAUGGCUAUGGUUAUCUACUUUCUGCCCAAGUGCACUUUUUCCAAAGAAGGCUGUCAAAAGAGCAGCCCCCCCUUAGAAAUCAUCUAUCCAAUUGCUAAAAGCGGAGAAGUAUUCCCAUGGGCAGACCUGAGACUUCCGGCCAGUGUGCGUCCUGUUGAUUAUGAGGUCUCAAUUUAUCCCAAUCUAAGCAUCAUGACUUUCCAAGGAAAAGUAGCCAUUACUUUGGUGGUCCUGCAAGAGACCCAGAAGGUUGUUUUGCACAGCUCUGAUAUGCAAAUGCAGGACGUCACUUUCCAAGGCAAAGCGGUGAAGAUCUUAGAGUACAAGCCCUGGCAGCAGAUUGCUUUCAAGCCGGCAGAAGACCUUAAAAAGGGACAAACAUAUAUGCUAAAUAUCAGUUAUUCAGCAAACCUAUCCAACAGCUAUGAUGGCUUCUACAACAGCUCUUACACUGACACAAGUGGAAAAAGAAGAGUUUUGGCUGCUACUCAGUUUGAACCCCUGGCUGCCCGCAAGGCUUUUCCUUGUUUUGAUGAGCCUGCUUUUAAGGCCAGAUUUCUAAUUAAGAUAAAGCGAGAAGCGGAGUACAUCAGCCUUUCUAACAUGCCUUUGGCCAAAACUACUAAAUUGCCUGAUGGGCUUUUUGAGGAUGAAUUUGAGAAGAGUGUCAGUAUGAGCACCUACCUUGUUGCAUUUAUUGUGGCUAACUUCACCAAAGUCAGUACAAAUGUCUCUAACACCCUGGUAUCUGUAUACGCAGUUCCAGAUAAAAAUGACCAAGUUUAUUAUGCGCUGGAAACAGCUUCCAAGCUGCUGCAGUUUUACAAUAGCUUCUUUGAGAUCAAGUAUCCAUUGCCCAAAUUAGACUUGGUGGGAAUUCCGGACUUCGUUGCUGGUGCAAUGGAGAACUGGGGUCUCAUUACAUUCCGUGAAACAGCACUGCUCGUGGGUAAUCAUUCAUCCCCCAUGGAUAAACAACUAGUGUCAUCCGUCAUUGCCCAUGAGCUUGCACAUCAGUGGUUCGGGAACCUGGUCACUAUGCGCUGGUGGAAUGAUCUCUGGCUGAAUGAAGGAUUUGCCACAUACAUGCAGUACUUGUCCAUUGAGAAGGUUCUACCUAAUCUUGACAUUGAAAAUGAGUUUUUGAGUGUACGUUUUGAAGCCCAGGCCAAAGAUGCGAUGAACUCGUCCCACCCUGUAUCCGCUAAAGUAAAGGCUCCAGAGGAAGUGGAAGAGAUGUUUGACUCCGUGUCCUAUGAAAAGGGUGCCUCUCUUUUACUCAUGCUGAAUGCAACACUUGGUGAAGAGGUGUUCAGAAAAGGAAUUAUUGAAUACCUGAAAAAGUACAAUGGCAGCAACACUGAGAUGGAGAAUCUAUGGAUGUCCCUUUCACAGGUCACGAAGCCGUCCCUUGAUGUGGGACAGAUGAUGAACACCUGGACUGUACAGAAAGGUUUUCCUCUGGUUACCGUGAACAGAAAAGGAAACCAAGUCAAAGUAACACAAGACCAUUUUCUCCCAAAUGCUAGCAGCAUCAAGGAACAAAGUAACCUGUGGCACAUCCCACUGACAUACAUCAAUGACACUUGUAGCAACUCCAUCUCCUGCAAGCAAGUGUUUUACUUUAAGGACAAAACAGCCACCUUUAACAUUACAGGCAGUGUGAAGUGGCUGAAGUUUAACUACCGGGGUGAUGGAUUCUAUAUAGUGAACUAUGAAGAUGAAGGCUGGAGUCUACUGAGCCAGGCCUUAAAUGAAAGCGUGAAUAUUCUUUCACCAGAGGACCGAGCAUCUCUCAUCAAUAAUGUCUUUGCUCUGUCAAGGUUGGGGAAGGUGUCCUUCAGGCAAGUGUUAAAUCUCUUGGAGUAUUUAAAGGAUGAAACAGAAACCGCGCCGCUGACUGAAGCCCUGGCGCAGCUCCGCUUCAUUUACAGGCUGAUCGAGAAAAGAUCCGAUUUAAAUCUAGUGUCCAGGCUAACGACCUACAUUUUUGAUCAUUUUGGCAACCUGAUGGACAGCCAGUCAUGGGGAGAAGAGACAUCAGUGUCUAAACUGAGUCUGAGAUCAGAUUUGCUGGAAACAGCCUGCUCCCUGAACAGACCAAACUGCACUGAGAUGGCCAAAAACCUUUUUGAGGAGUGGAAAUCCUCUAAUAAGACGAUUCCCGGAGACCUCCUGAGAGCCGUUCUGUCAGUGGGAGCCCAGACCGAGGAAGGUUGGAAUGCAUUACAUGACUCUUACAUAAGUUCCAUCUAUGACUCGGAAAAACGCAAAAUACUGGAGGCUUUGGCCAGUACCCAGGAUAUGCGAAAAAUUGCAUGGAUCUUAAAAGCAGCUCUUGCUGGAAGUCCAAUUCAGACGCCAGAGCUUCCUCUCGUGAUUAACAGAGUAAGCAGACAUUUUACAGGUUACCUGUACGCUUGGGAUUUUGUAAAGGAGAACUGGGACGAACUCACACAAAAAUUUCCCCUCGGCAGUUUCCCUUUGCAAAACAUAAUCAUGUCAGUGACUGGCCAGUUCUCGACACAGACACACCUUGAGGAGGUUCAGAGGUUUUUUAGCUCUUUAAAGGAGAGGGGAUCUCAGAUGAGGAGCGUUCAAGAGGCCAUCGAGAAUAUUCAGCUGAACAUAUUCUGGGUGAAGAAGAACCUGGACACACUCAAGGAGUGGCUGUAGGCUCGGAGGGCCAGCCUCCUUACACGCACACACACAAUCAAACACACCCAAACACACACAUAGCCCUCAGGUGAUGAGGCCGAGCACUUGUGAGCGAUGUUACAGCGAUCUUGGCCAGAGUCAAAUGUGUGCAGCAAUGCCGAAAUAUGUCAGGGAUGACGAUUUUUUUUCUUUCUUCCUACUUAUUUUACUUCUAUGUUUGUUUGUUUUUCUUAGAUUUUCCACCAGAAAUCAGAGGUGCUAAAAUCUACAGUUUAGCUGUUUGAUUAAUUUUUUAUGUAAAUUUUUGCUUUCCUGCCGUCAAGUCCAUCUGGCAGAAGAGGGCAAAAAAGCCAGGACAUGAACAUGACAUGGACUCAUCUGAAUAUAGUGAUGCAUCUUUUCCACCAUCAUAUGUCAUACAUCUUGUUGGCACCUCUGAAAAAAACUAGUUAAAGAAAUAAUGUGAUUGCAAUUAAGUGUGUAAUGUUUCGCAGGUGACUCACUGCCUGCCCCGCCCCCCCGCCUUCAUGCCUUUCCUGCUGCUUCGGGUCAUGUGGGAAACUAUGCUGACCUUUAUAAUUUUUGUUUUGGCCUGUACCUGCACACAUGCGGCUGUGGCCUAUGACUGUUUGCACUAUUGGGAAUUCCAGCUUGCUCAGGGUUACCCUAAUCCGUGAAUGAUGGCGCAUGACGGCUACAGACCAAUCCUGUCAGUAGUGUCUUUACAAAUACGUUGCCGAAAAAAAGUAGUCUUGUAAGAAGUUUAUGACUUGUCAAUUUGAGAUCGUAAAAUGGAAAGCUUGUCAAUAGAAUUAAAAGACCUUUGGUACUUAAAUUGUUUGUCUGGAUGUGUGCAGACAAUCAGUUUUGUAAGGCAUUUGCAAAACCAUUAUUUUUUUUUUUUUUAAAUGAAUGGAAUUUUGCAAUGUUUGUAGCGAGUACUGUGUAAAUCCUCUCUUGCCUUAGCAGUUUUCCUCAUAAGCCUUAUUCUUUAACUUUGUUGCAGUUUGGAAUGAUAGAUUUUAUGAUGUUUUAUGGGUUUUAAGCAAACUUGCACAUAGUGAAGUCAGACAUGACAGAUUAUAUGUUAAAGCUUAGAUUUUAAGUAUGGAUUCUUUUUUGUAUAUUUAAGUUUUGCUAUGCACAUUGGCAAUGAAGCUUAUAACAAAAGAUUAAUAUAAUAUUUUUACACAUCAGGAAAAAAGACGUGUCAUUUAGAUUGACUGAACGUGCAGGUUAGCACUCGCUUCGCUGCUGUUGUUCUGUGACAGCAGCACUGUUGGAUGUAGUUUGAAUUUGCAUAUAGUCUGUUUUGGUUUCUUGUCAAUUCGACCAUGGCAGUUUCCUCUUCUUUACCAAUGACUCACGCAAUCUGUUGAAGGAGUCGUAAGCUACCUUGACUGGAUAAAAGACCCUCUGGCACACAAGGACUUAAUGAUAAGACACAAGAUUAGAAUCAGAGCUACUGUAUCAGUUAAGUGGAAUGUGUGAAGGUUUUGAAAAGAACCUCUUGGUGGAGGUUUUGAAAAGAACUAAGACACCAAAUUCAUAGUGCUGGGUUGCUUCAACCAUCGCAGUUCAGUAAUUUUAUUCACUGACAAAAACAUAUAAACCUUAAGGUUUUUAACAUUUUCUGCCAUUGAGGAUUAGUCUAAAAUCCCAUCCUCUUUUUUUUUCCAGACAUAAUAUUGUUGAAUAUUUUCAACCAGGGCACCUAUAGUCAAGUAAUUAAUUAAAAAAUACUUAAUUAACACCUUGAAUCUUUUCUUCUCUUUUAGUUUGUGUGCAUGUUUCAUGAUCAUCAGUAACAAUAAGGAUGCAGCGAAAGCUUGGCCACACAAAACAUUUGCAUAUUUUGGCCAAAAGUCUUGUGAUUUUUGUAAAUGUGUUACUCUGUUACUCAGAAGCAGUACCCUUAUUGGUUUGUUACACAAACAUGGCAAAUAGUUAACUCCUAUCACACGGGAUGAAAAUGUGUGAAUAGUUCAGUGUGUGCCACUGAAACAAUAUUUUACUGCCUUAAAUGCCUUCAAAGUCUCAAAACUCAACUUGGCAUUGAUUGCGCUGGGGUUUUUAUUGGAGACAUGCAGAGCUUCUGUCACAUUCGAUGUUCGAUUAGUUUGCGUUUGCAUGAGAUUUGGAGACCAAGGAAGAUCUGAGGCUUUUAACACGUCCACUUUUUGUUAGUGUAACCACAUAAAAAUGCGUUUCUGUUGCGCCGUGCAAAAGCUUCUGCGCUUGGUACAGAAUCGUUUGUUUUAGGGUGAUCAAUCCUCGGCCCCGGCCAGUAAAACUGAAGACCAGUCAAUUCUGGGCACUGGCUGAUCGAUUUUCGAUUCAGUGUGGCUAUACACGAAUCAGCACACAAAGUAAAAUUUGUUUUUCUUUUUCCACUCUAUCUUUGAUUUUAUAUAAUGAUGUGUGUGUUUUGGAUAUCUUUUUUAACCAAGUUUACCAACACAGAGUUGUUAUAAUAAUAAUAAUAAUAAUAAUAAUAAUACAUUUCGAUAGGAACUUUAGUUGAUCGCUAUAUAAUUUUUAAUUGGUAUUAAAAAAAAAAAAAUUAAUUAAUUAAAUCAUUAUAUUUAAGUAUUACACAUUCACGCACAAUUUUGUUGCAAUUUUGAGCCCAUCCUUUUUUCUUUUUUUUUGCUUCUGUUACAUUUGAGAAACUUCUCACUGAAUGUAUUAGCAUGUGGCUUUAACACUGAAUCUGGUGCUUUUUUAGAUGCUGUUUUCUGGUGCAAAGUACUGAUGGUUACAUACAACAGAGAUUGUAGUCAGUAUACAUUUUAUGUAUUUACAUUAAACAUUACAAAAUUAAUUUUACACUCGGUACUCAUUCAGAAAAUGCAAGAAUGAAGACCAAAACAUUUUGGACAGUGACAUUGACUUCACAUGUGUAUCAGACUGUACUAUCGCUGCAUCCUUAUCUUUAUUGAAAGGAAUAAUUCAAUUUGAGUAAAGGUUAGGGGCACAACUCAUUUGUUUGAUUAUUAAAGUCACAUUUAAGCCUCUACACAAGGGACUAAGGUUUGUAUUUGUACAUUUCCGGCUAGAUUUUACUCAAAUGAUACUAAACUGCCUUUCAGUGAAAUUCUCGCUUAGAUGUUUGUUUUCAGUUAAUACUCCAGAACUUGUUUCAUUUCAAAAUCUUUUAGUACUGUCAGAUAUUCAUGUACAGCAAAGGAAUGAAUAAACAAAUGGGUGUAUACUAAUUUACUGAUAAUUCUCUGAUUUUCUUUGUACUCACUGUUACAGAUUAAAAGAUAGCUUUGGUAUUUUUAGCCGCAACUAUGAUCACAAGGUAGGAUUUCACCCAUGGUUAAAAUACUUUGGCAAUGAUCUGUUAAUUUUUUUUUUUUUAUUCAUAUGUGUAAUUGUUUUGCUUGUUUGUUUUAGAAGUGUCAUUUAAUCAGUUUUGUCACUUGCAAUGUCAAAGUAAACAUAAAAGUUGGUUUAUCUCUUUUAUU